AUGCACUACACGGGGAGGGAGGGAUGCGGAUAUAUUGCGGCUCCCUCCGUGGCCACCAUCCCACUCCCCCCAAGUAUUGCCAUGUGCCCGGGUGUCGGUGCCUCGAUGCUGCUCCUGCUGCUCGUGUGGCCGGGAGCGGGUAACACCGUCAGCCUGGCCGGCCACAGCCAACAGAUCCGGUCCGAGGCACUCAAGAGGCUGUUGGAGGUGUUCGGGAUGGAAGAUGCGCCGCCGUCGCCUCACACCGUCCGCCAGCCUCCUCAGUACAUGCUGGAUCUGUACAACACGGUGGCAGAUGUGGACGGCGUGACCAAAGACCCCCACCUGCUGGUGGGCAACACAGUGCGCAGCUUCCUGGAUAGAACACAGAAUCAGCAGUUCAAGUUCUUCUUCAGCCUGUCCAGCGUGGCCAAGAGCGAGACGAUCCUGACCGCCGAGCUGCACCUCUUCAAACUGCGAGGUCGCCUGUCCCAGGAUCUGCGGCAGCACAGGCACCACUUGUGUCAGAUUAGUGUCUACCAAAUAUUGGACAAUAACACGUCUACAGCAAAGGGGAAAAGAUUAUUGUCAACCAGAGUACUUCCAGUCCAUGAUAGCACGUGGGAGGUCUUCACAAUCACUAAUGCUGUGUAUGACUGGACACAGGAUAAAGAAAGCAACAAAGGCUUGCUGGUCAUUGUGCGAAGCCUGGCUGGACAGCAACUCAAGAACUACAUCCACUUUGCCACUGGGAGAGACCAUCACAGCAGCAAACAGCCAAUGGUGGUUCUCUUUACAGACGAUGAAAGGAGAGGGACUGCCACCUCCACUUCUUCAAUAGGUAAUUCCUCAAAUCCAUUUCUCCCUGAAGUGACACUUCAUGAUAAGGCAAGCCAAAGUCGAAGCACAAGGUCUGUGAAUUUGCAAGGCUGCCAGAGAUAUCCUCUAUACGUGGAUUUUGAAGAGAUUGGCUGGUCUGGUUGGAUCAUCUCCCCUCGGGGUUACAACGCCUACCACUGUAAAGGAGCAUGUGUUUUCCCGUUGGGCCAAAACAUGAGACCUACCAACCAUGCUACCGUCCAAUCCAUUAUAAAUGCUCUUAAGCUGACUAAUGAUGUUGCAACUCCUUGCUGCAUCCCAGACAAACUCUUCUCCAUUAAUCUGCUGUAUUUUGAUGACGAUGAAAAUGUGGUUUUGAAACAGUACGAUGACAUGGUCGCUGGCAGUUGCGGAUGUCAUUAGUUCACUGACUUCUUCGAUCACCACCCAACUGUACCAGUUAGAAAAUCAUGACUGUCAGUCAGAGAAACAAAUGUAGCUAUAUAGAAUAACUACCUAUGGAGGUGAGAAAAAGCACCUUCAAAAAAUCUGGAAGAAGUGGACUCACAGGAAGUUCUUUAAAACCAUAAUUAUGUAAGUAAACUGCCUGUCCAAAUGAUUAACUUUUUUUUAAAAAGUCACCCCACAAAACAA